AUGGCUCCAACAAGAGAGAUGUCUCUCGAGACCAAGGAGUGGAUUAUCAAACUUCUUGAAGCUGUCAACGUAACCGAAGAAGUGUCAACUUCGUGUCCUCUGGGCUUCUUCCCGUGCGGCAACCUGAGCACGUGCCUGCCGCAAGUGCUGCACUGCAACGGCGCCGACGAUUGCGGGAACCAAGCGGACGAGGAGAAUUGCGGAGAUAACAACGGAUGGCCUCAUCUCUUUGACAAGUACUUCGGAAUGCCCAACCACAACACCAGAACCAAGUCAACCGCGUGCUUGCUGGGCCUCAUUCCUGAGCUUUGCCAAUGUGAGGACCUGGAGCUGGACUGUGACGCGGCGCAGCUUCACGACAUUCCGGUGGUGGCUGUGAACAUCACCAAGAUGUCCCUACAGCGGAACCAUCUGCAGAGGCUGAAGGCCAACUCCUUCAUAAUAUACCACAGUCUGCAGAAACUAUACCUCCAACACAAUGAAAUUGAAGAUGUGAAUCCAGCUGCUUUCAGGGGACUGUAUAAUCUCACCAGGCUAUAUCUGAACUACAACAGAAUUUCCGUGCUGAUGCCUGGGGUGUUCAGUGACCUGCACAAGCUGGAGUGGUUAAUCUUGGAGAACAACAACAUCCAUCACAUUUCUUCUAAAGCCUUUUCAGGGCUCAACUCCUUGGUCUUGCUGGCUUUGUUGAACAACACUCUGACAAAGCUGGAUGACAUCUGUCGCGAGAUGGCAAGACUCAACUGGCUGGACUUGGAAGGUAAUCUGAUCGAGACCUUGGAGAAUGUAUCGUUCUACUCAUGCAGUAUGCUGACAGUCUUGGUUUUGCAACGCAACAGGAUCAGCCACAUACAUGAGCAAGCUUUUUCAGUCCUCCGAAAGCUCGGAGAAUUGGAUCUUUCCAGCAACAGACUGAAGAAGAUUCCACCUAAUCUGUUUGUCCUUCUGGGGGAUUUGCUUCAACUAAACAUCUCAUACAAUCCCAUCGUGGAGCUGCAUGUAGACCACUUUGACAAAUUGCAUAAACUGAAGUCAUUGAGCAUCGAGGGCAUCGAAAUAACCGACAUCCAAAGUCGGAUGUUUGAGCCUCUUAAACACCUGACCCACAUCUACUUCAAGAAGUUCCAGUACUGCGGUUACGCGCCUCACGUGCGAAGCUGCAAGCCAAACACAGAUGGAAUCUCGUCCUUUGAGGACCUGCUAGCUAACAUCGUUUUGAGGGUCUUUGUCUGGGUGGUCUCGGCCACCACCUGCUUUGGCAACAUCUUCGUCAUCUGUAUGCGCUCGUACAUCCGUUCGGAGAACAAGCUCCACGCAAUGUGCAUCAUCUCCCUGUGCUGCGCAGACGGGUUGAUGGGCAUCUACUUAUUCAUGAUCGGUGCGUACGAUCUGAAGUUCCGUGGAGAGUACAACCGCCACGCCCAGGCUUGGAUGGACAGCGGCCAGUGCCAGAUAAUCGGUUCCCUGGCAAUGGUGUCCACCGAAGUGUCGGUCCUGCUGCUCACCUACCUGACUUUGGAGAAGUACAUCUGCAUCGUGUACCCCUUCCGCUACCUGACGCCAGGUUUGCGGCGUACAGUCACGGUGCUCCUCGGUAUCUGGGUUUUUGGUUUCAUGGUGGCCUUCCUCCCACUGGCCUGCAAGGGGCUUUUCCGGAAUUUCUACGGUACCAACGGUGUGUGCUUCCCCCUGCACUCUGAGCAGCCUGAGACGCUAUGGGCGCACGUUUACUCCAUCGUCAUCUUCUUGGGUCUGAACCUGGUGGCAUUCCUGAUCAUCGUGCUGUCGUACGCUAGCAUGUUCUACAACAUUCAGCGCACGGGGACCCAGACUACCAAGUACAGCAACCACAUCAAAAAGGAGGUCACCAUCGCCAAACGCUUCUUCUCCAUUGUCAUCACAGACUCUCUCUGCUGGAUCCCCAUUUUCAUCCUCAAGAUCUUGUCCCUGCUGCAGGUGGAGAUUCCCGGCACGAUUACCUCGUGGGUUGUAAUAUUCAUCCUGCCCAUUAACAGUGCCCUUAACCCCAUCCUUUACACGCUGACCACCCGUCCCUUCAAGGAAACCUUGAUGCAGGUGUGGGCCAACUAUAGGCAGCGAAGGCCUGCAGUGGCCAGCCACCCCAUCCAUCAGCCCUCGCUCACCUGGCAGGAAAUGUGGCCCCUGCAGGACUCCUGCCCGACGGUGGGAGGUAUUCAAAACACGAGUGACGCACCACCCACCAAGCUCACUGCCCCUGAGGAAAAUGACAAUGGCGUCCCCGUAUGA